AUGCAGCAAAGCAAGCAAGCAGAAGGUCUCUCCUUGAUUGGGCGUGCCAAAACAACGCUGCGACAAAAGCUCCACCUUAUUGGCCGUCUCGACCGAACUGUCAGCGGCCUCUCCUUGCUGGCCAGGGACCCCGAGACUGCAUGCGUGCUCGGCGGCACCAAUAUCUCCAAGGUUUACUACGCGCUUUGCCGCAACAGUGGCGAGGAGUACCUAAAUCGGG